AUGUCACUGCUCCGCGAAGCUGAAAAAUGUAUCGCUAAUCAGAAGCUCUUUACCGAGCUCAAUGCUUUCAUUACUCCUCUCCAGAGCUUAGGGACCUACGCGGAUCGUAUUCGGGAUGCGGAUAUUCGAAGGGAGAAUGGAACCUCAAAAUCUCCCCUCGACGGCCGCCUAAUCGCCAUCAAAGACAAUAUCUGCACCCGCUCUUUACCAACAACAUGCGCCUCCCGAAUGCUCGAGAAAUUCUCCAGCCCGUUCGACGCAACAGUAAUCAAAUCCCUAGAAAAUGCCGGCGCAAUAAUCGGCGGAAAAACGAACUUAGAUGAGUUUGGUAUGGGGUCGCAUUCCACGCAUUCUCAUUUUGGACCUGUCAAGAAUUAUUUUGAAACUGUGGAUGGAUCGCUUUCUGCUGGUGGAAGUUCGGGUGGGAGUGCGGUUGCGGUUGCUACUGAUCAAUGCUAUGCUGCAUUGGGUACGGAUACUGGAGGAUCCGUGAGAUUGCCUGCUGCGUACACGGGCGUUGUUGGAUUUAAGCCUUCUUAUGGGUUGAUAUCUCGCUGGGGAGUGAUUGCAUACGCCAAUUCAUUGGACACAGUCGGUAUACUCGCCAAGAGGACAUCGACUGUUCAUGAAGUCUUCAAUAUCCUCAACCAUCACGAUGGACAAGAUCCUACUAGCCUUUCCACGGCUACUCGCUCUAGAAUAGCCACCGCUGUAUCACAACUCCACUCCUCAAGUCGCCUAUCCUCUCGCCCUCUACGAAUCGGCGUCCCCAUUGAAUAUAACCUAACUGAAAUGGCAUCCACCGUCCGCGAAGCCUGGCUCUCCGCACUUCGUACCCUUGAGCAACAAGGCCACACCCUGCACCCAAUCUCCCUCCCAUCCACAAAACACGCCUUAUCGGCCUACUACGUCCUCGCACCCGCAGAAGCAUCCUCCAACCUUGCCAAAUACGACGGCAUCAGAUACGGCAAACGAGCCGACGGUCCCGAUAAAGGCGAAGAAGGCUCAAAGGACUACUUAUACUCCCGCACCCGCGGCGAAGGCUUCGGCGACGAAGUCCGCCGACGUAUCUUGUUGGGGUCCUUCAGUCUCAGCGCAGAUGCAAUGGACAAUUACUUCGUUCAGGCGCAACGAGUCCGACGCCUCGUGCAGAACGAUUUUGAUCAUAUCUUUGCAUUGAAAAAUCCGCUGGGUGACGACGCCGAGGUUGAGAAUCAGGCAUCGCCGACAGAGACGAAGGUGGAUGUUAUUAUAGGGCCGACUACGGCCUCGCUGCCGCCAAGUUUGGCGUCUGUUACUGAAGAUCAGGAUGCAGCUGUGUCGGCCCCGUUGCAUUCGUAUGUCACGGAUGUGUGUACUGUGCCUGCGAGUUUGGCGGGGCUGCCGGCGGUGUCGGUGCCUAUUUCCGUUACGUCUACUGGUGAGUCACAGGAAGAUGGGAAGUUGGCAUUUAAUAAAGUCGGCAUUCAGAUUAUUGGGCAGUAUGGUGACGACGACCUUGUAUUGAAGGUCGCGGGAUUGCUGGAGGAAGUCAACAAGAGUUCCGACUAA